CGGGCCCACGCGACGUCUCUGAGCUCCCUCCGCUCCGCACCCGGCGGACAGUGGCUGCUCAUCGCCCGGGCCUUGCACCUCGGUCGAGCAUGUUCUCCAGGGCCCAGGUGAGGCGGGUUCUGCAGCGGGUGCCCGGGAAGCAGCGGCUCGGUAUCUACAGGUUCCUGCCCUUCUUUUUUGUCCUGGGAGGAACGAUGGAGUGGAUCAUGAUCAAAGUGCGCGUGGGCCAGGAGACCUUCUAUGACGUCUACCGCAGAAAAGCCUCAGAAAGACAGUUUCAGAGAAGGCUGGAAGAUGCAUCCGAGACCGAACUUCAGCAGCCAAUAAAGUGAAUGUGAAUCUCCACUACGGGUUCAGCUCCUUUAACAGUGUACUGUUCAGAUCUCUUGUUCUGUGACACAGCUUGUCUUCUAGCAGAUACACAUUAUUCCAAGAAGUGCCUUGCAAACAGUCUUCAUAGUUUUGCAGUCUGCUCAAAUACUUCCUACCUCCCUGCGGGACAGCACUUAGGCGGAAACAUUUUCUCCUCCGACACCCCCCGAGAAUCUAGUCCAUGAAGUAUUUCUUGAGCAAAUCAAGCAUCAGUCAGUACGCCUCUCAGUGCAGCCUGAAUUGGAAAGCCCUUUCUUUUUGGGCCACAAAUGGUUAACUAUAUUUUUUUUGGCAGAAUUCAAAAUAAAUUAUGGAUAUUUA